AUGAAAAACCCCGUCGAAAUCUCCGCGCGUCCCGUCGGCGAUGCUUCGACCAUCCCCGAACCGGCGCCGGCCCGAUUAAGUCGUCCCGGAUCGGCUUCGGGUCAAUCCUCCUCCUCCACCCAAGUUGCGACGCCGCCUCUUGUCCCGAAUAACCCUAUCGAGUUGGCCGAUGGUCCCACAACGGCGACCGAAUAUCCCGAUGUGGGCAAGCUUGCCUCGUGGAGAGGCGCGAUAAUCAUGCUGGUGACUGGUGGCUCGCAGUUCUUGGACAAUGUGUUUAUGACCAGUGCCAAUAUCGCCCUACCGUCGAUCCAAAAGGAGUUUAAUGUCAACAGUGGGAACCUGCAGUGGAUGAUCUCCGCUUACACUCUGACGUUUGGUGGGUUCUUGUUGUUGUCGGGGGUUUUGUCGGAUCGAUAUGGCCGGAAAAACCUUCUCUGCAUUGGAUUGGUGUGGCUUUCUGCCUGGUCUAUUGCCAUUGGUUUCGGAAAUUCGUUCAUUGAAGUCGCUGUGUUCCGUGGUCUUCAAGGCAUGGGCGCUGCCAUGACCGUCCCGUCCGCCAUUGGUAUUAUCAGCUCUUACUUCGUUGGUCCUGACCGCACGCGCGCACUGUCUAUCUACGGUGCUUCCGGUGCAGUAGGCUUCUGUGCAGGCCUGAUCUUCGGUGGUUUCCUCUCCUCGUCCCUUGGCUGGAAAUACAUUUUCCGUCUCGUGGUUAUCCUCACCGCGUUUCUAGCCGUGACUGGUUGGUUUGUGCUCCCUAAGGACCGCUUGGAGGGCACCACCCGGGCUAGGUUGGAUUAUGCUGGUGCGGCACUGUCGACGGCUGGUUUGAUUCUGUUGUCGUUUGUGCUUUCUAGUGGUGGUGUGUAUGGCUGGAGCAAGCCGUUCAUCAUUGCCUUGUUGAUUGUCUCGUGCUGUAUCCUGGUGGUUUUCACCCUGUUGGAGAAGUACGUGAAGAAUCCGAUCAUGCCGCUUUCUUUGUGGAAGAUUAGCAACUUUGCAGGAUUAUGGGUUGCUGGUUUCACUGUCUAUGGAAGCUACCAAACCGUUAUCUACUACCUCGUCCUUAUGGCACAAGAAGUCGACGAGCUGUCUGCUGGCGAGACGGCGAUUCGUUUUCUGCCUAUGGGAGCCGGUGGCUUCAUUGUAUCUUUGGUCUGUGGACGGGCCAUCGAGGUGGUCAACGGCAAAUUCUUGUUGCUUAUGGGAAUGGCUCUGUCGGUGCUGGCGCCGGUUCCAAGCUGUCUGACUGCUCAGGAUUUGAACUUCUGGACAAACGUCCUCCCUACAUCCCUUAUCAGUGUCACCGGUGUGUCCAUCGCGUACAUCACAGCCAGCACUACCAUGUUGGCCAGUGUGCCGGUAAACGUCAAGAGCCUUUGCGGCGGAAUGAUCAACACAGCGUUCCAAAUCGGCAGUGGCGUCGCCCUCGCCGUCUCCUCGGCCGUGACUCAGUCCGUCGACGUCAACAAGGGCCAUUCCCUAGCGCAGCAGUACCAAACAGGACUGUGGUGCUCUGCUGGCUUGGCGGGUGUCGGUCUCUUGUUCUCGAUUGUUGGUAUCAGGCGGAAGGGGUUGGAUCUUUCGGAGUCGAACAAGGAGGAACCCGUUGCGUUGCCACAUUAA